CGCCUUCCAGACUCGCUUUAUUCCCCUUCGAGCCCGACGUCUCCAUCACAGCCUUUUCAGCACGUCUGCAUCGCUAGCCGGAUUGUCUCUUUCUUAACGGCCACGUCGUUCGCGACUAGGAUAGGACCCCCACCCGAGCUUUGAACGGAACGUGCGACGUCGAACGAUGGCCGUGCUGUCACUACCGCUCUCGUUCACCAACUCGUUCUGGUCACAGGACUAUAGGAAAGGUCUCGAGGUGCUUUACCAGAAGCUGGGACAGGGUGUCGCCGAGAAUGACGAGAUCAUAGCGUUCAUACGGGCUCGCGCUGUCGCAGAAGGCCACAUCGCUGCUGCGUUGUCGCAUCCUCCUCCGCAAGGAACUGGCUUCAACACGGAUGAUGGAGCGACGCUGCUCAUGGCCUUCCGUGGCCUGCAGGCAGAGACGGCCAAACAAGGCGAGGCGCACAGAAAUAUCUCUCAUGAGUUGCAUACCCUCGUCGCAGACCCAUUUCAGGAAUGGGCUGCCGGCUACAAGGAGAGGUUGCGGAAUAGCAAGCAUACCCUGGUGGACGGAUACCUGAGGAACUACGAGCACUCGCAGUCCGAGGUCAAUAAACUGAAGAACACGUACUUGACUAAAGUUCGCAAAGCGGACGAGGCUGAGGACGACGCGAAAUUCGCGCCUAACAACGACUUCAGCGACAAGUAUACCACCUCUCCCCGCCUAGCCCCACAGACUGGCAGCACCACCACCACCACCACAGGUGGACAACCCCCUCAACGCGGCGCCAGCAUCUCUGACCGUAUCGCCCAACGUCUCAAAGACAUCCAGCGCAGGACCGCCACUGCCACCGCCUCUGCGACCGCUUCGCCCGAAGCAUCAAAGUACGAGCUCCCUCCCGAAGACGAUACCAAUGAGAAAGAUGGUCUGCUCCCCGCAAAGGUCGACAAAGGCAAGGGCAAAGCGGUCGACUUGCCAGAGGCCCCGCCGCAACUCAGUGUGUCCCCACCCCCGUUGUCGCCCCCGUUGCCACCCUCGAAACUGGGGCUCGAGAUCCCUCCAUCGUCGCCGAUGCCGCCUCCCCCGCCUUCGCCAAUGCUCGUGGCGGGCCUUUCGCUGCCUCCUCAGGCUAUCUCGUCGCUUCUCACCCGUGCUGCCGCCGAGCUUCCUCUCCGUCCUGUGCGCUUCCCUCUCCUGGGUGAAUACCCCGACUGCUUCAGUGGCGAAGAGUUCGUCGUCUGGUUGAACGAGAACGUCCAAGGGUUUGGAGGAAGCCUCGACCGCGCUGAAGACGCUGCGAAGGACCUUACCGAGCGUGAUGGGCUGCUCCGUCGCGUGGGCGAGUUCGGAAACUCGUUCGAGAGUUCCGACGAUGCGUUCUACCAGUUCAGGACCAAGGCCUUCGACCUCGACAAGACCGUCGCCCGUCCCGCCGAUGCCGUCUCUUCUCCUCAGAAAUUGACCCCCGUGGCGGAGAACAUCAUGAAGCGCGGCAACAGCCUGUUCAACGUCGUCUCCAAAGCUCUCAAUGCGAACGGGCAGGCCGAACCCCCUCACGUUCGUGCGCGUGCCGAUGCCGAAGCCGCGGACAAGACGUAUCGUAUCGCUGUGCGCAAGCUCGACAGGCAGCGUCUCGGGCUCGAGGAACGUAUGGAGGACACGUUCAAGACUUUGCAGAAGUGGGAAGUCGAUCGUCUGCGGGCCGUCAAGACCGUUUUGCUCCAAUACCACGGAACGCUGUCGAACCUCCCGCGGUCGCUCGAGCCUAGUCUUGAGAGGUCGAACACACUUAUUUCGGCGUAUUUGCCAGAGGCGGAUUUGAAUGCGUUGAUUGAGAGGUAUAGGACGGGUCCGUUCAGGCCGCAUCCGCAUUUGUAUGAGAGCGUGAGUCAUGAUGAGAGCGAUGUGGUGUUUGGGAUCGAUUUGAGGAAGUGGUAUGAGGGCGGGUGGAGUAUGGUGAAGAGUGGGGAGGAGAGGAAGGAGGUUGUGCCGCCGGUGUUAACGGCGCUUUUGGAAGGGCUGACUGCGGCAUAUCCAAAGAUCGAGAACGAUGAAGAGAAGAGGAAGACGUGGAUCUACGAGGUUCCACUGCCCGCUGUGCAUCAUCUCAGGGAAAGCUUGAACGCCGUAGAGCCCGAGCAACCGAUCCCAACAGAGAUCCUGACGAAAUACGACCCUCCGGUGCUCGCUAGUGCCGUCAAGCUGUGGACCCUCGAGCUGGACCCUCCUCUGGCGCUCUGGGAAGGCUGGGAAGAGAUUCGUCGCAUCUAUCCUAUUGUCGGUUCUGCUGUGUUCGAAGAUGCGGCAGCGGAGGCGGCACAUCUUGAACAGCUUCAAGGGGCAUUACAGCGAUUGCCGAAGGUUCAUCUUUACGUCUUGGACGCUUUGGUGUCUCACCUGAACAAACUUAUCGAAAGCACGACCUCCGAGGAACCAAACGAGGUAUAUGUCACGAAGCUUGCGCUUUCGAUUGGCAGGACUGUCCUCCGGCCAAAGUUCGAGACGGAGAUGUCGAUUCAAGACCGGCAUCCUGCCAUGUUCUUCAUUGACCUUAUCAAGCACUACCAAGAGCUCAUCCCAACGACGCUCGCGAAGAAGAAACGCGAAUCGGAGCGCAAACUACCAAUCCGCAAACGCACCGCCCCCAUCGACAUGCGUAUGUCUCGUUCCCGCCUUUCCGUAGGCACCGACGCUCGCGAAUGGCUCGCAGCACAGCGUGCGAACGGGACUGUCCCUCCUCCCGUUCCUCCUGUGCCAUCCAAAAUCGAAACAGGCGCACCGCCUGUGACAGAAGUCCAGACCCAGCUUUCGGCUGGGACUGUACAGUCACCACCGACUGUGAGCCCGGUGCAGGAAAAACCGGAGGAAGCUGCUGAACUACCGCCGGUGUUGUCCAUUCCUGCUCCGGAACAGCCUCCUGUUCCCGAGUUCGUUCCCCCUCCGCCCCCGGUUCCCCAACAACCUCCUAUCGUCGAGGCAGCUGCUCCGGAGCCCGUGCGUCCUUCGUUCAAGGAGCCCCCUCCUGAACUCGACGACCUUCCCCCUCGUCCUCCCGCUUUCAGGGAGCCCGAUCUCGGUGACGUUUCGCCUCCGCCUCCCAGGCCUACGUUCGCCGAGCCCAAAGAAUCGAUAGACGACGUCGACCUGAAGUCCCCCUCAUCUGCAACCUUUGUCUCUCCCAGCGAAACGCCCAGGUCUUCGAGCCCCAAGAGCCCCGCCGUCCGCGUCCGGACUCCACUCUCCGCCGCUUCCCCCACCGCUCGCAAGUUUACCUCUCGAAGCCCUUCGCCACCCCCCUCCGCUACAGAAGACCGUCCCAUCGCUGGCGCGGGUAACCGUGCGUCACUCUCGAGACAUGCAUCGGGCGAAGCUAGCCGCGUCAGGGGUCCCAGGGGCUCGAGGCCACCUAGGACGGGAGGUGGGAGUAGUGUGAGCAAUAUGGUGGCGAACUUGAACAGGAAUUCAUUGGCUGGUUCGCCGACGUCGCCUAGCGCGAGGCCAACAUCUCCGCCUGGAAGUGCGACCAGUGGGGGGUUUAAGGGGAGACCGGCGAGUACUCUAAUCGAGGACCGGAGGAGGAGUUUGAAUAGGGUGGGUGGGACGACUGGGUCAAGGCCCGGGAGCUUAUCGAGGAGGACGAUGGAGAGCGACGCGGAGGAUAAUAUUGUCAAUUGAAGUGUCGUUGGAUAGGCGAUGCGAAGUGAUGCUGGGAUCUAAGUAUAUCGGGGAUGCUGACUGUUGAUAUUUUGGUUUGGGACUUGGGGCUGGGGACUGGUGUGUCUUGGAAAGGUUGGGUCCUGUGGACUGUUCAUACGUGGUCUCUAAGAUUUGUCUACAUGCUCCUUUUUACGUUUCUUUUGGCCUUGAAUUAUGUCCUUUCAUACCAUAUGCACAAUGCUUGCGUCAAUAUAUCCUAUAGUCUUCAACUAAC